AUGCCCGUGGUGCUGUACCACUGGCCUAUUAGCCCACCAUCGAGAAUAGUUUUAGCUGUUUCUAAGUUGUCGGAGGAAUAUCGUGAGACCCCGAUCAUUUUCUUUGGGAAAAGAAGCUUGGACGCUGACGCUAAAGCAGCCAUACGCGAGGCUUUGGGAAUCCUGGAGAAGUACCUGGAGCCCACUGGAUGGGUGGCUGGAGACCAGCCAACCGUGGCCGACAUCUCUUGUUCUGUUACAACUGGUAGUAUGAAGUUCUUAGGCGCACCCUGCCGCUUCCUUAGGUGCUCCGGUGGCCGUUGUCGUUGCAUCCGCCUGCUUGUUCCGUUGUCUGCUGUUGUCGACUCACUGGUAGCAGGCGACAACUUCCUUGAGUAGCACAGGAG